AUGGAAGGCCUAACAGUCGUAUUGGCAGGCGACUUUCGCCAAACCCUUCCUGUCAUCUCACGAUCGACUCUAGUCGAUGAAGUCCACUUAUUUGGAGAUGCUGCCGCAGGUAAUUUUGGACAACAAUUAUUGCAUCUGGGUGAAGUCCGUGGAAGAAUUGGUGGCAAAGGUCCCAGACAUUGA